AUGGCUUCAUCGUCAAAGACGAGCUCUCUGCUCUACUCUUGUAUCGCGCACCGAACAACCAUCCUCGCCGAACACUCCUCACCAGGCACCUCAUCAACCUCUGCCUCAUCGCUGGCAUCCAUCAUCCUUCCAAAGAUCACACACGAAAAGGCCCAGAAACUCACCUUUACCCAUGAGCGUCUCUUCGUCCACUACAUUGCCGACUCGCCAACCGGCAACCCCGACGAUGGCAGCAACAGCGAGCCUAACUCGCAUGCGCCCCUGAGCUUCAUAGUCGUCGCAUCGGCCGAGCAGGGUCGCCGUAUCCCCUUUGCCUACUUGCUUGAGAUGAAGCGCAAGUUCUUAUCUACCUACCAACCAUCCAGCACCGAUUUUUCUUCUCUACCCGCCUACGGCUGUGCAGCCUUCAACAACGAGCUCCGCUCCCUUCUCCAAACAUAUAACACAGCCCCUCCUGCCGAUUCACUCGCCUCAGCACGUCGUGAGAUCGAUAGUGUCCGCGACAUCAUGACUGAGAAUAUUGAGCGGGUCCUUGAGCGCGGAGAGCGCAUUGAUCUACUGGUUGAUAAGACGGAUCGGCUUGGUGGGAGUGCACAUGACUUCCGGAUGCGCAGCCGUGGGCUUCGCAGGAGGAUGUGGUGGAAGAAUACCAAGUUGAUGAUCCUGAUGGUGGUUGUGGUUAUUUUCUUGCUUUAUCUGUUUAUUGGGAUGGGAUGUGGGCUGCCCGCAUGGGGCAAGUGUUUUGGCCAUUAG